AUGAAACAGCGAAUAACUUAUGUGGUGACGAACCCAGAGGAGUUUACUCCCGACCAACUUGAUGUCGGCGAAGACAAAUAUGGUCCAUACUUUGCUUUGGAUAAUGUCCAUGCUGCGAAGGAACACCGUAUCACUCUCGGCCUGAAUGAGCUACCUGAAGAAAUAAGUAAAGUCUUUCAACAAUGGCACGAGUUACAUCUACGUUGGACAUCUCCAAGGUCUUACGCAUCUACUCCGCCGUUCACAUCACGUGUAUCACCUGGUCUGCACGUCUUCUUCACGCCUCUAUCCGAUACGCCUGACGACGCACUAUGCUCAAGCCUCCACUCCCUCAUAUCCCCGGACCUGAAGUGUUCGUCGACAUCAUCCAGCUCCACAAAGAUGCCAGUCCUCUCAGAGCGCUUCUCAAUGUCGGCCACCUCGCAGUACUACAGCUACCUGGAUGACAUCGAUAGAGUUAGGAGUUUCUUUCAGCAGAAGUUUUGCAGCAAAGAUGGAAAAAGCUAUUGUUUGGAUACGAUCGAUGGCUUUGCUCGAUCAGAUUAUAUCGAUGUGGACUACGAUACUAUCUCGAGAAGCGUUGUUCUGACAGCCGAAUCUUCCAAUGCAGGAUCCACCAACGAAGGCUGGACUGAGACAAUAAGGCUACCGAGUAAAGAAGCGACAGUGGAAAUUGGAGUUUUGAGCCUGGAGGGAAACGCCGAUCCCGAAGAUGUGCAGUUUGGAGGUUUCUUGACAGUGCUAGGACAAGACGAUAAACCGAACCGCUCCUGCAAACUACACACCCACCUAACCCUCCCCUCCUACCUCUUCAUCGACAAGUACCAAUUCUCCGACGCCCUGUUCCUCGCAGACAAGAACCUAAAGCGCCUCCGCAGUCUAGCCGGUGCUACCGAUCUCGAAGCCCCAGACUGGGUUGUGCCGGCUUGGGGCUCAGCAGCGCUCUUUGAACUCGCUACACCCACGCCAGAGAAGAUUGAAUAUCCUAAGGUCAGUCUGGGGGAUGGGGAGGAGAGCGUGUGGGAGGACUUGCCGACGCAUCGUGAGGUGCCGGAUGGGGACUGGAAUGUCAGCAUACCGUUGCAUCUGCGGUAUAUGCCUGCGCAGGCGGCGUCUCAUGCCAGGUUGCCUGUUCCUUGGCCUGUUGUCUUUUGGGCUUGUCGUGCGGAUUCGGGCGCACAGCAUACUACCAAUCCGUUUGAUCGCUUGCAUUUGGGAUAUGAGGGCUUGUUUGGACCCAAGACUAGGUUUAUGCAUGUGGAGCCUAAGGCUUGGAAUCAGACCGACUCUGGUGAGUUGGUGGAGUGGAUCAAUGUGCCAGUGCUUGAUACGAGGAUGGCUGGGUGGGUUGAGGGAGGGACGGUUGGUGUGGUUUUGUUCGCGUUUGUGGGGCUAUGCUGGAUGUUGUUUAGGAACAUUGGGAAGGGGGAUGUCAAGGAUGAGAAGAAGACGCAGUAG